UUAAAUUUCUGUGUUUGAAAGAAGGGGGGGUGCCUCUGGCGUCUGCUUACAGAUGCACGUGUGAGUGUGGUGCCGCACCGGCUUACGGGAGCAACUGCGAUUCAGGGGCAUCUACUAAACCACUUUUUACUCUUUUAUGCUGCUAAACACAACCCCCCGUUGAAGUCUUUGUACGCCUGUACGAUAUUGGUGCUGACUGGGAGCAGAUUUGGCGUGUCUCCUUUUCACACAUCUUAAAAUCUAGCAUGACGUGGCAGGUGUUCGCAGGUAAAGGACUACGGUUAUCUUCAGACUUUGUGCAAAUAGGUGCAGUUUCACAGCGUCAUGUGGAAUUUCUGCGGGAGUGAACUGGGGGAGGGUCCUGCUGACAUCUUAUUCCAGUGAGUGAAAGAGCAGUUUCUCAUCGUUUCUGUAAUAUUACACUACUGAAAAUUUUCACGUUCCUACCAAUUGUUGUGAUGGCCUCCCACAGUGAUUUUUAUCCCAACAUCUGAUGGGGUGACUUGGGCUAACUCCUUCAGAUUCAGCAGGUUUUAAGAAAAAGAUCAAGAAAAAAAACUUCUACGGCUUUUGUGGCUAAGUUGUCCCACACAAUGAAGCCUCUGUGUCUUUCUUGUUGCACUCUGCCUGGUUUAUGGUAACGUUUUGAAUCCAGCAUAGCUGGCCUCUUUACUGCGCUGGGAAACUCUUAUAUUUAAAUCUCAUAAUCGCUCUCAUUGUGUAAUCCUUUCAUCCUCGCGCUCUGUAGUCAGAGAUGAUGCACAAUUAACUCUGCCUUGUCUGAGAUAAUGGGGAGGGAAGAACUAGGGUUCCUCACUGAGUAGGAACAUUUAGAUAAUACACAUGCCAUGCAGCACGCUGGGGAGCACCGUGUAGAGGCAACCAAAUGGUAACAGAGACUCAGCCGUGGUCUGGAAGAGUUUACGGUCUGCAGUCUCUGCUGCGGCUGCAUCGGUGCGGGGUCGAUCAGGGGUCUCUGCACCGUGUUCCUUACUGGAUGAGCCUCCUGAAGGGUUUGUUAGGUGUGGUGUAACAGCAGACCCAAACAUGCUUCAUGCAUUUUUUCAGCACAUGUCUCAACUAAUGCCCAAGCACCAAAGAAUACAAAUAAAAGUUUGUCGCGUAACUCUGUGGGAGCCAUUUAGCAGAACAGGUACUAAUGGAAAGGCAGUAAGACCAGCACGGCUGAAGCUAACCUUAUGCAUCAGCAGUCACAGUACAUCGUGCUCAAGUGGUCUAGGAACAUCAUGGAGUUUGUUCUACACAGAACUGGCUUUGGGUUGCAGACCUUACAACCUUGGGAUCCCCACCACAAAAUUUCUGACAUUCACUGGAAGUCAGAUGGCCACAUUCAUACACUGCUCCAUCUUUGCUAACGAACUGUGCCAGACCCAGGCCAUCUUUGCUGGAGGCCAGCUCCCAUAUCUUUGUAUUGGAUAAAGCCAUGAGAAAAUUGAGAGCUGGCUGUGUGUAUUUUGACAGUAAAUGUGUGUAUGUGGUAAGCACGGAGUGGUACCACAACGCUUUGGAGUGUCUACCUGCUAGACUUCUACAUUUUGCGAUAACCACAUGGCAUUGCUUUCAUAAUAUAUUACCAUCUUCCUCAUGACACAGCCCCCAUAUCACAAGGAUUAAGCUGUUUACAAGUACUUUUUAUUGUAAGAUUAAAAAAUAUGUAAGAAAUAUGAAUGAUAACCGUCAAGUAGAAGAGAUUUAGAAUAAUUUGUGGUUGCUGUGAUAUGCUUUUAAUGCUUUUAGAGGUGUCUAUAACCAAAGAAGAAUUAUGUAGGAGACAUAAAAGAAUAGUAUCUUUGUCAAGUCAAGCUCUGAAAGAUGCUCAAAUUAGUAUUAAAAUCAACAUUCUCUUCUCAUUUUUUAUAUCAGUAUUUGUGCAUGUGUGUUAUUACAUGAUAAGGUGGUAACUUUUCCAAUGGACAUCAGCCUCCUAUUGCUAUUCCUUUUUAGCCCCUUCAGUAACGUAUAAUUUGUACAAUAUCUAUUUUCUAGAAUGGGAAAUGAGGCAGAGAGGAAGGCUGUCACUCUGAAGAGACUACCUGUUGUAAAAAGCCUAGAUACUGACAUUGUGGAGUGUUUUGCAUUUUUAUGGCAUUUUAUUUGUUCAAAGUGUGUAUCUUGGUGUGCACACACAUGUUUAUGAGUGUUCAGCGUACACUCUGCGCAUCUGGCUUCCAGUUUCUCUUGUUGACAUAAGAAGAUAAGGAGCACUCGCUUGUUCUUGUUGAAAGUAGUUUAAGUGACAAGUUCAGAAAGACCUAGGAACACUAAAUAAAUCUGGUUAUCUAGAAUUACCCAGCUGCUAGCAAUGAUAUCCAGCUUUCUCAUCCAAAAGUUCCCUCAUUCAGUUAUGUCUUCCAGCUUCUACCUUAAAUAAAGUCAAGGUCUUGUGGUAAAUAUUGUCCUCUAUGCACAGUUCUGUUCCACUUGCAACCCUAGAGCUCUUUUGUGCCUUUAAGGAGGCAGGGAUCCGGGGGAAAAAUAGCAUUUGGUCGCAUAGUUAAAUCAAAAAUCCUCAUCUAUAGGAACAAGGAAGUAGUAUAGGUGAACUUAAGUUCUGACUUUUCCUAAUAUUUACACCUUCACAGGUUUUGCUGACUUGAUGUUUUUUUCAGUGUAGCUCUCAAGGAGUGUCAGUGUAUUCUUAAAAAGCGAAAUAGUUUAUCAUUAGGGACUUUCACUGAUCGCCAUAUUGGUUCAUGGGCAAGGUCUUGUCUUCCAGGUGCACAGCACAUAAUUCCAAUAAUUAGAAAAGUACUAAUGACUUGGCCAAAGCUUUUAAAUAUUUUGAGAAUCACAGUGAGAAAGCCAUCAAUCCAAGGUAGAUAUCCAAGAUAAAUUUCAGUUCGAUUUGUUAAGCUCAGCAAAGUUAGAAGUCACCCAAGACAGAACUUCUCAUUUUAAGCAGUCUUAAUGACCAGCUUCCCUGGUAAUCCUAAGUGACAAUUCUGAAUAUUUUAAACGGAUCAGGGGACCUGGCAGAAGUGCCGUGCUGGUGGCUGGCCCUCUGAGCAGAGUAAUCCUCAGUAUCCUUGGCAGUGCAUCAAGCCGGACGCUGACUGCAGAGCAGAAAGAAAAGAAGCUGUUUGAAGCCUUAGAGACAAGAACUUCAGCAUGGAGGAUAAUCCUGGUAAUUUUGCGCCAUCCUUUGGAAAGGAGACAUUACGGACAACAACAGUUACUCCACAGUUUGAACAAAACAUGGAUUAUGUGGACUUCAUUCAUUUAAAUGUUUUAGAAAAGAAAGUUCUUAACAAUUCUGAGGUUUCAGUUCAGUAUUUAUGUUCUAAGCCUUGUAUCAUCAACUUGGAAGCAGUAGCUUCCUCCGAGUUCAGGACUGGUGUACCAGUGUACAGAAGGCGAUGGAAGGAUGAGAAGAACCUUUAUAUUAGCAGAACUCGACAAGUACAUUUGAAAUUUCCGAGCAUCAUGGUUUACAGAGAUGAUUAUAUCAUCAGAAACUCAAUAAUAGUGCACAGUGUGAUAUUAUAUGCAUGGCUUAGUCACAAAUCAGUUAGCAGCUAUGAUGUUGAGCAGAAUGAAGACUACCAGGAUGCAGUUGCCAAGAAUUACACUUUUUUAGAAGCAGUUCCACCUUUUGAACGCCCAUAUAAGGACCACAAAGUUUGUCUUCAGUGGGGUGCUGACUAUUUGUGGAUGCUCCAGGCAAACAGGAUACCUCAGUGUCCUCACGAAAGUGAUGGUGUCCAGAUUCUCAACUUUAUAUAUGCUUCCAGUGGGGAGAAAACAGGAAUCAUGAAGAAAUUUGAACAAUUUGGAAACAGAGAACUUGAGACAGUCAGACAACAUCAGAUUGAUUAUCCCAUGUUCACCGUUUCAAUCUGGCUAUAUUUACUCCAUCACUGUGAAAAGGAUCUGUGUGGUAUACUCUAUUUUAUUGAUCCGAAAGAAAUGUAUAGUACUCCUGCUGUAUUUCUAAAUGAGGAAGGUUAUGUACAUAUUCAGAUGCACCUCAUGAGAGGAGAUGACCUUGCAGUGAAAACUAGCUUUAGCCUUCCUCUGAAGCAGUGGUUUCGACUGGAUCUCUCUUUUAAGGGUGGACAGGUAGAAGUAAGCACUGUUGGGAAGAAUUUGAAAAGACAUCAUCAUCAGUCUUUUAUUUUUAGGGAAGAUUUCUAUUAUGAUGACACUGCUGGAUACUUUGUUCUUGGAGGCAGUGGAUAUGUAAAUGGUAUUGAAGCAUUCUUUGGACCUGUGAAAUACUAUCGCCUCAACGUGUUGGAAACAGAACAGAUUUCUAACCCUCUUCAUGACAAAGAAACAGUGGAACAAAUUGAACUCUACUACGAGAGAUGUAUGGACAUUCAAGAAAUAGUUUAUGAGUACAGAUAUAUUGUAAGGCAAGGUGAAAAAGCGCUAAGAAAUUGUUACUAUGAAAACUAUUAUUUGGAGUUGAUUUACAAAUAUGGAGAAAAAUCCAAAUGUGAUGCCUUCAUGUGGGGAAAAGAGCUCAGGGAAAAGUACCACACUUUGUUCAAACUGUUACAAGAGAUGGAUUUCAGUUCUCCAGAUGUGUUAGAAAAUGGAAGUGACACAGUUCUAGAAGUUGGCCGGAGGAUAUUUGAGAAGGUUUCAAAGGUUUUGUCCAGCGCCGAUGGCCUCAGCAAUAUGGGCUCCUCUGUCCCUCUCUUGGUGGAUUCCAGUUGUUGUGGAUACCAUAAGGCUUCCUAUUUCCUUGCAGUUAUAUUCGAAACAGGGCUUGGUGUGUCUGUGGAUCAUACAAAGGGGCUGUUGUAUAGUUUGGUUGGUGCUCAGGGGAGUGAGAGACUUGCUGUGAUGAAUCUUGGCUAUAAACAUUACCAAGGCAUUAAUAACUAUCCACUUGAUUUGGAGCUGUCGUAUGCUUAUUACAGUAAUAUUGCCAUAAAGACGUCAUUGGAUCAACACACUAUAAAAGGGGAACAGGCAUUUGUUGAAACUAUAAGGCUGAUGGAUGAUGAGCUGCUAAAAGCUCAAACGAAAGAAAAUGGUGAUGUCUUUAUGUGGUUAAAACAUGAAGCAACAAGAGGAAAUGCAGCUGCACAGCAACGAUUGGCUCAGAUGCUGUUUUGGGGCCAACAAGGAGUGGCAAAAAAUCCUGAAGCUGCAAUAGAAUGGUAUGCAAAGGGUGCAAUAGAAACAGAAGAUCCAGUGUUAAUAUAUGAUUAUGCCAUUGUGUUAUUUAAGGGCCAAGGUGUGAAAAAGAAUACAAAACUUGCUUUGGAACUGAUGAAGAAAGCAGCAGCCAAGGGCUUGCCCCAGGCAGUGAAUGGAUUGGGAUGGUAUUACCACAAUUUUAAAAGAGACUACAGAAAAGCAGCCGAACACUGGUUAAUUGCUGAAGAAUUGGGAAAUCCAGAUGCAUCGUACAACCUUGGUGUCCUUUAUUUAGAUGGGAUUUACCCUGGAGUACCUGGUAGAAAUCAAACAGUUGCUGCACGCUAUUUCUAUAAAGCUGCCCAAGGAGGACAUAUAGAGGGGACUUUACGAUGCUCUCUGUACUACAUCACAGGAAAUAUGGAAGAUUUCCCUAGAGAUCCAGAAAAAGCUGUAAUCUGGGCAAAACACAUUGCAGAGAAGAACGGCUACUUAGGUCAUGUCAUCAGAAAAGCUCUCAAUGCUUAUCUGGAACUUUCAUGGCAUGAAGCUCUGCUGCAUUACGUUUUAGCAGCUGAAACUGGGAUUGAAGUGUCACAGUCAAAUUUAGCACACAUCUGUGAAGAAAGACCAGACCUUGCAACGAAAUACCUAGCAACCGAUUGUGUUUGGAGAUACUACAAUUUCUCUGUUUCUCAAGUCAAUGCACCAUCAUUUGCUUAUUUGAAGAUGGGUGAUUUCUACUACUAUGGUUACCAGAACCAGACUAAAGACCUUGAGCUCUCAAUGCGGAUGUACGCACAAGCUGCAUUAGAGGGCGAUUCACAGGGUUUCUUUAAUUUGGCCCUUGUCAUAGAAGAGGGCAACUCCAUACCUUCCUACAUUCUGGAUCACUUGGAAAUUGAUCGGGCUUUGCAUUCUAGUAAUACAUCACUUCUUCAGGAACUUUAUUACAGAUGCUGGAAUAAUAGUAACCAAGAAUCAAUUAGUCCAUGCUCAUUAGCAUUGCUUUAUUUUUACAUGAGAGUUUUCUGGAACAAUAUUUUACAAUCUACUCUGAUCUACUUCAUGGGAACCUUUCUCCUAUCUAUUCUGGUUGCAUUUGCAGUGCAGUAUUUUCAGGCUUUAUCUGCCCAUAAUUCUCCUGGAGCAAGAUCAGAACCAUCGUCAGAUGAACCUUCUUCCUCAGGGAAUAGCAACGAGGAUGCUACCAGACUAGUACAGCAAGAUGAAUCUACUUUUUCAAACAAUUUAUCACAACAGGAGUCAAACCCUCAGAAUCCUCUUGUUACAAGCUGAAGUGUAGUUUUCUUAAGGUUGAUGUCCCAUUGGGAAGAUGGGAUGUAAACAACUACAGAUCUAAGAACUGGCAACCCACCCUAUUAGUGGCAUUAAUAAGGCAGUCCAACAGCCAAAAUUGUAGGGAAAUUCACUGAUCUUAUUUCUCCACUAUAGAGAAAAAACAUCCCUAUAAUUUAAUACUCCAAACAGAUAAUGCAGAUUAUCUCACUAUACCCAACACAUGAUCCUACUGUAUUUCAUUGAAGGACUGGAAGAAAAUACGCAAAGUCUUUGCCUAAUUGAAGAAUGACCAAACCUCCUACCGGUUUUGAUGAAGAAGUUUUACAUAUCUAAUAUUUUAUUAAAUUGCCUUUACUGCAUUUUUACUGGUGAAGUUACCAGAGUUUUCCAAGUUGGAAGCAUGGAAAUUACAUAAAAGUGAAACCCAGUCACCAGCACUUUCCAAGUUCCAUGGCACACCAGCCAGGACUUUGGUACAUGCAGUGAUAACAAUUAGUUCUUUGGCAUUUUGUAUUCCAUCCUAACUCUUUGAUGCAAAAUGUGUUUUGUUUGGAAAGAAAAACACCAGGAAGAUUUGCAAUAUGAUCAUAACAUAGUAGUUCUGCUGACUCACCCUUGGUCAAAGUUUCACAAGUGUCAGCUGUUUGCUGGUGGACACAACAAAAUGUUUCCUGUCCUGCCAAGAGCCACUGAUGAGAGAAAGUAGCUUCCCUAAUGGAUAAAUAAAAGAAUAUUUAAGUGUGAACAGGUGACACAAAGUGAAUGAACAAUUUAUUUUUGGUUUCUUCCAUAGAUAACAUUGGCAAGGAUUUAUUUCAUGUUCAUGUCUAAAGACACCUAUUUAAGUGACAUUUUAUUUGAUAAAUGUUGGAGGGGAUACAUGAAUAACAAGUAUGGAGUGCAAAUGCCUUCUGUCUGAUUUAAAGCUGUCUGGUAAGCAGCUGUAGGAAAUGUCUGACCUUUAAAGCAGGUGUGGAUGCACCUCUGCAAAAUGAUGUAGAUCACAGACUAUAAAUUGCAUCAAUCUAUGCAUUAUUGAGGGUUAAAUCCACUCUCCUUGCACUACAUUAUUUACUCUUGUAAAUAAAAAUAUUUUUCUAAUUCA